CAACGGCACGGAUCUAUUAUCGGCGAUACUAUGACAUAACCCCCCACCAAACACUGACACCAGAUAAAACAGCCCAGCGCCGGCAAAGCUCAGGAAAUAGAACAGGUACAUUGGCUGGGCUGGGCUGAUUCAAUCAAAUCUCCUCAACCAGCACUUCUCUCACCACCACCGCCGUAAAUAAAAGUCUCCAUCCCCCGAGAAAAUCACGCAAUUCCUUGAACUCUCUGCUUUUAUCCAUACCCCUUCUGUAAAAGAAUUUGCUGCAUAGACAAUAUCCUAUUCACCAUGGCUAAGACCGACCAGAAGGCCUGCCUGAUCGUGAUUGAUGGCUGGGGUGUGCCCGGCGCCGACUCCCCCAAGGAUGGCGACGCCAUUACCAACGCAAAGACCCCCGUCAUGGACGACUUUGCCCAGAGCAAGACCGGAUACUGCGAGCUCGACGCCUCCUCCAUUGCCGUCGGUCUGCCCGAGGGUCUGAUGGGUAACUCGGAAGUUGGACACUUGAACAUUGGCGCCGGCCGUGUCGUCUGGCAGGAUGUUGUGCGCAUUGAUCAGACCAUCAAGGAGGGCAAGUUGCCCGACAACGAGAUCAUUAAGAAGACGUUCGAGGGUGCCAAGAACGGCAACGGCAGACUGCACCUCUGUGGUCUCGUCUCCCACGGUGGCGUGCACGCCAAGCAAGAGCAUCUCUACAACCUCCUCAAGGCCGCCAAGCAGUACGGCGUCCCCGAGGUCUACAUUCACUUCUUCGGCGAUGGCCGUGAUACCGACCCCAAGUCCGGCGCCGGCUACAUGGAGGAGCUCGUCAAGACCGCCAAGGAAAUUGGCAUUGGUAAGAUCGCCACCGUCGUCGGCCGCUACUACGCCAUGGACCGUGACAAGAGAUGGGAGAGAGUCCAGAUCGCCCUCGACGGCUUGAUCAACGGCAAGGGCGAGGAGAGCACCGACCCCGUCAAGACCGUCAAGGAGCGCUACGCUCGCGGCGGCGACAAGGACAAGGACGAGUUCCUGACCCCCAUCAUUGUCGGCGGCGAUGAGGGCCGCAUCAAGGACGACGACACCGUCUUCUUCUUCAACUACCGAUCCGACCGUGUCCGCCAAAUUACCCAGGUGCUCGGCGACGUCGACCGCUCUGUCCUCCCCGACUUCAAGUUCCCCAAGAUCAAGAACCUCGUCACCAUGACCCAGUACAAGGCCGACUACCCCUUCGAGAUCGCCUUCAAGCCCCAGCACAUGGGCAACGUCCUCGCCGAGUGGCUCGGCAAGCAAAACGUCGAGCAGGUCCACAUCGCCGAGACGGAGAAGUACGCCCACGUCACCUUCUUCUUCAACGGCGGCGUCGAAAAGGUCUUUGCCCUUGAGACCCGCGACGAGUCCCAGGACCUCGUCCCCUCCAACAAGUCCGUCGCCACCUACGACAAGGCCCCCGAGAUGUCGGCCGACGGCGUCGCCGACCAGGUCGCCAAGCGCCUGGCCGAGCAAAAGUUCCCCUUUGUCAUGAACAACUUUGCGCCCCCCGACAUGGUCGGCCACACGGGCGUGUACGAGGCCGCCAUUGUCGGCGUCGAGGCCACCGACAAGGCCAUUGGCAAGAUUUACGAGGCCUGCAAGAAGGAGGGCUACGUCCUCUUCAUCACCGCCGACCACGGCAACGCAGAGGAGAUGAAGUUCGCCGACGGCAAGCCCAAGACAUCGCACACCACCAACAAGGUGCCUUUCAUCAUGGCCAACGCCCCCGAGGGCUGGAGCCUCAAGAAGGACGGCGGCGUUCUCGGUGAUGUCGCGCCUACCGUCUUGGCUGCGAUGGGUCUGCCCCAGCCUGAGGAGAUGACUGGUGCCAACCUGCUGUCCAAGGCAUAAAUGAAGUUUUUGUACUUUUGUGUCUUGGGUUGGGCGGGAUGUGGUUGUGAUGGAGUUGAGGGUGUGUCUUUGGCGAGCGGGUUUUCAUAGGGGAAAAGAAAAAGUUGAGAGGGUGAGUGCCGGCGUGUGUUGUAAAGGUUUAUGAUGACAAUAGACAACCCUAAAGUUAUAGAAAAUGAGAACACGCUUUGAUGACA